CUAAAAAAUAACAAUGUCGAGCGAGGAUGAGAAACAAAAGGCUUUGGCCGCAAAACGCUUGAAAGAAUUAACUGUUUCGCGAAGUUCAAUUAAAGGACAAAUUACUAAAUUUAAAAUUUAUAUAAAUACGUUGAGUACAAAGGAGGAUAUUUCUAAUAUUGAAUUGGCUGAGCUAAGUCUUAAGCUUAGCAAGCUUGAGGGUUUGUCAUCCAAGUUCGACACAGUGCAGAAUGAGAUUGAGGUCCUGAAUGCUGACCAAUUAUCGACUGAGCUUGAUGAACGCGAGAUGAUUGAGCAAAAUAUUAUUACAAACAUUGCAAAAGCCAAAACAUUAAUUGAAAAAUUCAGUACGAUCGAAAUGGAACGACGCAAUUCGGGCGCUGUUCCUGUGCCUGCUCAAUGUACUCACGAUCAUCAGGAUCAAGGCUUUAAAUUGCCACAAAUACAAAUUUCCAAAUUCGAUGGUGCCUAUUUCCGCUGGCUUGAGUUUCGUGAUACAUUCGAAAAUCUUAUUCACAAAAAUGAACGUAUAAAGCCUAUACAUAAAUUUCACUACCUCAUAUCCUACUUGGAGGGGGAUGCGGCUAGAAUUAUUUCUAACUUAGAAGUGUCUUCUGCUAACUAUGAAGAAGCCUGGAAAUUACUGGGUGAUCGCUACAAUAAUAAAAGGUUGCUUGUUAACCACCAUUUAAGUUCACUGUUUAACAUACAAGCGCCCGCCCGUGAGUCCGAAAAGGCACUUCGUUUCUUAGUCGAUCAUGUCACUAAAAAUUUGAGAGCAUUGUCGAGUUUGGGACAGCCGACCGACAAGUGGGAUAUGCUUGUUAUAUUCAUGUUAACGUCUAAAUUAGACGGCCAAACUCUAAUAAAAUGGGAAGAGUACCGUAACACGCUCGAUGACGUUCCUACUUUAGAUCAAUUUCAUAAAUUUUUAAUUAAUCGCGCGGACGUCCUUGAGGCACUAAAUCGCAACAAACAUGAGACCGGUACUUCUAAAUUUUUACCUUCUACGUCGCGACCAAGCCCGCCAGCACCUAAUCACCAAAAUAAUAGUUACAACAAUAACAAAAUAAAAUCAUUUGCAGGUUUUUAUCAAAAAUCAAAGCCAAAUUUUCAACAAAAUCAUUAUACACCUGGUACUGCUGUAUGUAUAAUAUGUAGCGACAACCAUAGAAUAUACGAUUGCCCUACUUUUGCUGCUAAAAGUAUGAAAGACAAAUUAGCCGACGUCGCGAAUUACAAGUUGUGUGCCAACUGCCUUAGGCAAGGCCAUCCGGUCAAUGAGUGUCGUGGAGGUCCUUGUCGGGAUUGUAAACAGAGGCACAACAGCUUGCUUCACGAGCCUAGUUCGGGCAUAAUAAGUAAUGCUGCUACGGUCAGCAACACAUCAUCAGCGGUAAACUUUUUUGACUUAGACAAUAGCCGAGGGCUUUUGUCUACUGCAAUAAUCGAAGUGUGUAAUCCUAAAACAAAUCAAAAAGAAAGAGUACGAGCUUUCUUAGAUAACGGAAGUGAGCUCUCAUUUAUCAAAGAAUCGUUAAAAGAAAGAUUGUCAUUACAAUCGAAUCCUAUCGACUGCAUAAAUCUGAUAGGAGCCGGUAAUAAAUGUGUAGACAACAUUGUCGAAAGAUGUACUACGCAAAUUGAUUCACUAAAUAAUCCAUAUAAAGUUGCCUUAUCGUGCUUUGUGCUAAAGGAGCUAACAGGCAACAUACGUGAACGUCCAGUAGAUGUCCAAAGUCUACGGAUACCUAAACAUAUCCGGCUAGCGGAUCCCGAUUUUAACCAACCAGGCGAGGUCGAGAUUUUGAUCGGCGCGGACAUAUUCUGGGACAUCCUAGGUACCGAAAAGCGUUCUCUGGGUCCCUCUAUGCCUACACUACGAAAUUCUAAAUUGGGUUGGUUAAUAUGCGGACGAAUAAAUACUAAUACUAACAACCAAAAUAACAAAAAUCAAAAUACUAAAAAUCAAAAUACUAACGAUCAAAAUAACAAAAAUCAAAAUAAAAUUAAUUGUAAUCAUGCAAUUAUCACUAAAUCACAACAAAAUAUUGAAAAUAUGCUAACUAAAUUCUGGGAGACCGAAGAGGUUCCUAACAAAAAUAUUUUAAAUCAAAAUGAGCAGGAAUGUGAAGAUCAUUUCCUAACUAACACUAUACGACUAGAAAGCGGUAGAUUUUGCGUUAAAUUGCCGUUAACUGAAUCACCUGAAUGUCUUGGGGAUUCCUACAACUUAGCUAAAAGAAGAUUUUUAAAUUUGGAACGAAAAUUCAAGCGAAAUCCGACCUUGAAAUCCGAAUACACUACAUUCAUAAAUGAAUAUGCAGAGCUAGGCCAUCUGUCUGAGUCUAGCUUGCUCAAACCAAAUCCUAACUAUUUUUUGUGCCAUCAUGCUGUUUUUAAAAAUAGUGAAUCUACAUCUCUUCGCGUCGUGUACGACGCGUCAGCUGCUUCCUCCUCUGGCAAAUCACUCAAUGACAUUCUUUUGGUGGGGCCUAAUGUCCAGGACUCUCUCUUCUCCAUUCUAGUUAGAGCGCGACAAUACCGGUACAUUCUCUCUGGUGAUAUCGAGAAAAUGUACCGCCAGGUUCAAGUUCACGACGAUGACCGAAAUCUGCAAUUGAUAGUAUGGAGAGAAGAUGAGUCCAGCCCCCUUAAAACGCUGCGAUUGAAUACUCUCACUUACGGUACCGGAAGUGCGAGCUAUUUGAGCACGCGAUGUUUAUUUCAAGUCGGAGAGGAGCAGAGUGAUCAGCUCACCAAAACUAUAAUACAAAGAGAUUUCUAUGUUGAUGACCUGAUCACUGGAGCUAAUACUGAACACGAACUAAAAUAUAUACAAAAAUCUGUUUCUGAGGCACUAAAGACAGGAUGUUUUAAUUUAAGAAAAUACAAAAGUAACUUAUCAUCUUUGUUUGAAGAUUCUAACAUAAAUACACAAGAAAAUUUAAUCAUUAGUGAAUCAGCUAGCACUCUCGGGUUAGGAUGGAGCCCAGUUAAUGAUAAGUUAAGCUUUCCUGUAAAAGAUCCCAUUCCGAGUGAUGUCAUAACUAAAAGAUACAUUAUGUCAAACUCAUUUAAAAUUUUUGACCCACUAGGUUGUUUAAGUCUAUGCAUAAUUAAACCAAAAAUGCUUCUACAAAAAUUAUGGGAGCUCAAAAUAGAUUGGGACUUACCUGUUCCUGAUUUCAUUAAAAAGGAGUGGGAGAAAUUUGUCGAAAACUUACCAUUCAUACAAAAUCUCAAAAUAGAUAGGCGAGUUUUAUGUGAUUCACCAAAAUUGAUUGAAAUGCACGUUUUCAGUGACGCAUCACAGUCGGCCCUUGGUGCCUGUAUUUAUAUGAAGUCUGUGUCUGAAAACGGUGACGUCACUGUACGGCUGCUAUGCUCUAAAUCGAAAGUCGCCCAACUGUCGCCUACGACCAUGCCGAGGCAGGAGCUUGGUGCUGCGCUGCUGGCUGCCAGGCUCAGCAGGGCAGUCCUAGACUCUCUAAGAUACAAACCGGAUCGUGUCGUGCAUUGGUGCGACUCAAGUAUCGUGUUGUGCUGGUUGCUCAAUAAAUCUGCUAAACUAAAGGUAUUUGUAGCUAAUCGCAUAAAUGAAAUUUUAGAAAAGACUAAAGAAUCAACGUGGAGGUAUGUGCCUACCUCUGCAAAUCCAGCUGACUUAAUUUCGCGGGGAGUGGAUGCCUGCCAGCUUUCAAAGCUGGAUCUGUGGUGGUUUGGCCCCACAUUUUUAACUGAAGAUGAAUCCAAAUGGCCAAUUUUAAAUAAUCUUAAAAUUGAUGACUUGCCCGAAACUAAAUGUUAUGUUGUAAAUUUAGAAACUCCCAUCGUAGACUUCGAAAAAUAUUCUACACUAAAUAAAUUGCAAAGAACGUUUGCAUAUGUCAAAAGAAUGAUAUUUAAUCUAAAAAAUCCUAAAAAUAAGCGAGUAGGUGUCUUAACUGUUGACGAGUUGAAAGAAUCGUUUAACUUUCUCUGUUUAGUCGCUCAAAAACAAUCAUUCCAAGAUGAGAACGAGAUGCUUACUAAGUCUAAACCGUUGAGCUCUAAAUCUAAAAUACUAAAGCUUUCACCUUUUCUAGAUAACGAUAAGGUGAUUAGGGUUGGCGGUCGAAUCGAUGCAUCUGAUUAUCCGUAUGAAAAGAAGCACCAAAUUUUGCUUCACGCGUCUCAUCGAUUAUCGAAACUUAUAUUUGCUAAUGUGCACAUAAAAAAUAUGCACGCGCCUCCUCAAUUAUUGCUGUCCCUUGUUAAGGAAACUAUAUGGCCAAUAAAUGGAAGACGCCUUGCUCAGCGCACUGUAAACAAUUGCAUGCGAUGCAGGCGUGCUCGCGGUCAGACUCUGACCCCAAAAAUGGGUAAUCUCCCAGCUCAGAGAAUAAAUGCGGACUUUCCGUUUAUAUCAGUAGGUUUAGAUUUUGCGGGACCUUUUUACAUUUUAAGUAGAAAGGGUAGAGGUGCUAAAUUAAUAAAAUGCUAUUUAUGUCUGUUUGUGUGUUUACGCUAUAAAUGUUUACACUUAGAAGCGGUUAGUGAUCUAACAAAAAAUGCUUUCAUAAUGACUCUUAGGAGGUUCAUUGCGCGAAGAGGCAAGCCUGCGGAAAUAUUCUGUGACAAUGGUCGAAACUUCGUCUCCGCGGCUAAAGAAAUAGGUCAAUUUAUAAAAGCUAAUCAGGAACCUUUGUCUGAUUUUGCAAAUCAAGAAUACAUAAAGUUUAUAUUCACUCCAACUUACGCACCUCACUUCGGCGGUAUCUGGGAGGCCGGAGUAAAAUCCGCAAAGCACCAUAUAAAACGUGUAAUAGGCAAUAGUCAUUUGACAUUUGAGGAGAUAGGAACUUUAUUUGCGCAAGCGGAAGCUAUUCUUAACAGUCGUCCCUUGUGCCCCAUGUCUACGUCCCCUGACGACCUCCUUUCCCUCUCUCCAGGGCACUUCUUAAUCGGAAGACCACUGACUGCACUGCCGUCGCCUGCACUGGAGAACCGCCAGGAGAUGUCUCUUCAACGUUAUGCUAGGAUAGAAAAGAUACGCCAGCAUUUUUGGAAUAGAUGGCAGCGAGAAUAUAUAUGCGAAUUACAAGAGAGAACCAAAUGGAGAACAAACACUGCCAAACUCAAUGUGGGUGACUUGGUUCUGCUUCAUGAAGAAUACGUGCCGCCGCUAUGCUGGCGCCUUGGAAGAGUUACGCGCUUGUUCCCGGGAGCCGAUGGUGUUGCCAGGGUUGCAGACGUAACCACAACAAAAGGAUGCGUACGACGACCACUCGUUCGCCUCUGCCCGCUACCAUCACCGGAGGACUUGAAGUUUUGAAAGGCUGUUCCUUUCAACGAGGCGGGAAGAUGUUCAGAUCCCUGAAGCUGGACUACGAUUGAAGAUUCGUUGCCUUCAACUUUCGAUAGGCGCUUACAGCGCCGCCAUUAAUAAUUUUAUAUACCUACCCACCCCUUGCAUCAUUUCAUGU